UAUCACAUGUGUCAAAAUACGAUUCGUUCAAAUAUUUGACACCCCUUUUAACCUUUAGCUAUAAAUAUGAAUGCGAUAUUGACGUGGUUAGAUUUCUUUUGAACUACCGAUCAACAUGAACUGCCUGCUUCUAGCUGCUACCUUGUGUCUGUUUGUUGUUUUUGCAACCGCACAAUCUGGUUGCAAUAUUUCUGGGUGUACGUCGCAACAACAGGCGUACACUGGUGCACUUGCGAGUAGAGAAAAGGACAGGAUUUGCAGUGCCGGUCGCACAUACCGUGACUGUUUGGGCAGCAGCUGUCCACAAGCUGGCCCCGUGACAACAGCAUUGAAACUACAAGGCUGCGGUUCAGGAAGAGUGGUGAUUUCCGUUUCAUCCCUGCUCAUGACCCUUGUUUUCACCAAAAUAUUCAUGUGAAACAUGGUCACGCUGUCUCAAGGUUCAUUAAAGACCACAUCAGAAAAUCGGUCUAGAUUCCUUAAUUGCACUUAUCUGGAAUACACAAAGUAGAAUAUAUUACGUCGCAAAGAUGCACUCUUCACAUUUUAUGGAUGCUGUCGGCAGCCUUAUCCGACUUGGUCUUGGUGAACUACAGUAAACUACGGUUAUAACGAACUUAAAGGGACUGCUAAUUUUAGUUCGUUAUAAGCAUAUAUAUAUAUAUAUAUAUAUAUAUAUAUAUAUAUACAGCAUAACUACAGCCAAUAGUCGGGACCAAAGAAGUAACUUCGUUAUAUCCGUCAGUUCGUUAUAGCUGAAAUUUUUACUGUAUUAGUGAACAAGAAGUGAGAUGUGAUGCUAAUCGAAUACUGUUAUUUAACCUAAAUGGUUCUUUUCAUUAUCAAAGUAUAGAAUGAGAUCACAAUAAAUAAUAUACGGACUUGUGUGUUGUUACAUAAUUUUGUUCCUGGGAUGUUUCAUUAAUAGUUAAGUGAGUGAGUGAGUAUGGUUUUACGCCGCUUUUAGCAAUAUUCCAGCAAUGUCACGGCGGGGGACACCAGAAAUGGGCUUCACACUUGUACCUAUGGCAGGAAUUGAACCCGGGUUUUAACCACUAGGCUACCCGACCGCCCUUACCUACAUUGUAGUUAAGGUAACAGGGGGUAUUUAGCUGUGCAUCCAUCUGGGCAUGGUGUUUUAAGCUAUUUGUUGGUUUGACAUCGACUAACCAUUUUUGUUAAAACCUUUUAGCCACCAUUAAACAGGGGUGUAUAUUUUCUUUUGUUUAGACAAAACGUCAAAUCUUUGAAAAUACAGAGUUAUAAAUCAAUCACUUAUCUGGAAUACACAAAGUAGAAUAUAUUACGUCGCAAAGAUGCACUCUUCACACUUUAUGGAUGCUGUCGACAACCUUAUCCGACGUGGUCUUAGUACUCUCUUGAACUAUUACUGAACAGGAAGUGUAAUGUGGUGCUAAUCGAACAUUGUUUUUAACCUCAAUGGUUCUAUUCAUUAUCAAAUUAUAGAAUGAGAUCACAAUAAAUAAUAAUUUGACG